AUGGCUCUCGGUCUGUCCUGGACAUCCGUCCUGCUACUGAUUCUUAUCAUUCUACUCUCAAUUGCCAUCAUGGGCCUCUUCAGCUUCAAGAAUCACCUGCCGGUAGAGGGCAGGACAGUACUCAUAACAGGCGCAUCGCAGGGCAUGGGGAAAUCCGCCGCAUGCCAGAUCUCCUCGCGCGGCGCAAACGUCAUCAUCGUCGCCCGCGACACCAAGAAGCUCGCCGCCGCCCUCACUGAAAUCAAAGCCGCAGCAAAGAACCCCACAACCCAACGCUUCCUCUCCAUCAGCGCAGACGUCACCCUCGCGUCCGAAAACACCCGCAUCCUCGCCGAGUCGACCGCCUGGAACAACGGCUUCCCGCCCGACAUCGUAUGGCAAAUCGCCGGCGCGUCCAAGCCCACGCUGCUCCUAGACUCCUCCCUCGACACCAUGCACGCCCAAAUGGACCUCAACUACUGGGCCGCCGUAUACCUCGCCCGCGAGACCAUGACCGCCUGGCUAGCCGCAUCCUCCUGUCCACAAUCGUCGCAAAGCUCCUCCUCCUCCUCCUCUUCCGCCGCAGAGCCACUGCCCCGACAUAUCAUACUCACGACAUCCAUCGCCGCCAUGCUCGGCGUGGCAGGCUACGCCCCGUACUGCCCGGCCAAAGCCGCUAUGCGCUCAUUCGCAGACGCCAUGCGUUCGGAGCUGAACCUGUACAAUGGUGCGCGCCGCCAGGCCGACGCGCACCGCGACCCGGCGUAUCCGCCGCCGCCGACGGAGAUGCACAUCCACCUCGUUGUGCCCGGCACCAUUGACUCGCCGGGCCUGCAGCUGGAGAACGAGAGCAAGCACGACAUCACGAAUAUGAUUGAGGAAGUGGACCCAGUGCAGCACCCGGAUGCCGUGGCUAGAGGCGCGAUCCGCGGGCUGGAGGGCGGGCAGUAUAUUGUCAUUCCGCAUUGGUUUAAUCGCUUCAUGGCCGGGAGCAGUUGGCAGGGGAGUCCGCGGAGUAGUAUGCUGGUUGAUACGGUGCUGGGGCUGGUCACAGGCGUUGCGUGGCUGUUUGUCGGGCCGGAUUUGGAAAGGCAGGUGUGGAACUAUGGCAAGAGGUGGGGUCUGAAAGGGAGGCCUAAGGGGCACAAAGGUUGGACUUGA